UCAUGCUGCUGCCAGGUCCAGAGUCUCUCAUGGGUCCCUGUACGGCCUCCCAUUGCUGCUGUCUCCAUCGCCACACUCUGCCAUGUGCCACUUUCAGGUCUCCUCACACUGCUGGUGUGUUGAAUUUUUUGACAUAGGGUGCUGGCAGAUUACGGGCCUCCCAUUGCUGCUGCCAGGCCCCUAAUCUGCCAUGGGCCCCUAUAUACCGCCUCCUCAUGCUGCUGCCAGGUCCAGAGUCUCUCAUGGGUCCCUGUACGGCCUCCCAUUGCUGCUGUCUCCAUCGCCACACUCUGCCAUGUGCCACUUUCAGGUCUCCUCACACUGCUGGUGGGUUCCAUUUUUUGUC